ACACCGUAAGUGACUGAACUAUGAAGAUUAUCACCAAAGGCGAGCCUGUAGCGGCAGAAGACGCUUUAGUGUGUAUCCGACGCUACUUGGAAUCACAUCGCAAUCGCACACCCAAGGGAUCUAUAUCCGAUCCUGAAGUGUCUAAAGAUAUGGAAUAUAGUACAGAUAGUGACAUUACAAUGUCACCUGAAGAGCAGGAGUGGCAUAGGCGCAUUGCAAAGUUGCAGGCAUUCUCACAAUCGCAACCAAAUACAUCCCCAAAAGAAGAAGAAAGAAUUAAGUUCCUAGAAGCAGUGGAAUCAUACAUUGUCAGAUCAACUCAAAUCUAAUAUUAUCGGUAUGUUAAAAA